AUGGCUGGACAAGAUGAGAAGAGGCGGCCUGCCGCUCUGAACCUCACACCCACCCGAUCCGAGUCCUCCAGGUCAUCUUCCUCGGACGGCUCCCUUAAGCCUCGCACUCCUCGUUUCGCCGAAGCCACAUCGGUACACUCUCCCAUUGACGCGCGCUCACCUUUCGCGGACCCGGAAAAGUCUCACAUUGCUCAGGCCCAACCUGGCGACAUUGGCUUUGGCUACAUCGGUAACCGAGAGUCCGUCGCCGUCCCGAUGACGCCCAAAACUCCCCUCAAGAGUGCCAUGAAGGUGCCGGGAACUCCUGCGAGGCCCUUCGACAACCCCCUCAGCCCGACCUUCCGCGAGGAGGACAUUCUCGAGAAGCGAGAGCUGUCAACUGAGAAGGAACAGGCUCGCGAUGUGAAAAUCAAGGCUCGCGUUCGGAUGGCCAAGUUCGCCCUUCGCGGUGUCAACUUCAGCUGCUCCCUGAUCAUUCUUUCCAUGCUUUCAUCGACUUUUGCCGUGUUCAAUGCCACCCGAGCCCUUCCGUCCCAGAGCCGCAUGCCCUCUUGGGCCACCAACACCAACGCUUGGCCCCAGAAGCUCGUCCUCUCUAUGGCUUGCGUGUCCCUCCUUGCCUGUAUCCUUGUCUUCGCUGCGUACUUUCGAGGCGGUCACAAGCGCGCCGAGAAAGUCGGCACGUAUUAUACUCUGUUCGCUAUCGGAUGGUUCAUGCUCAGCUUAGUUCUCUGGGUCGUCACUGCUAUCAUAUUCCAGCACUCCAAGAACAACUCGAACAACAAGGAUAUGUGGGGAUGGUCCUGCCUUUCAAAUACUCGAGCCCAGGUCUUUGGCGACAAGGUGGACUAUGCCCUCCUCUGCCGUCUUCAGAACUGGGCCAUGAUCUGCAUCAUCAUUGAGAUCGUCAUCGAGGUCCUCUGCAUCAUGCUCUACAGCGUCGUCUUCUACCGCUACUACACCAAGCGCCGCCUCUUCAAGUCCAUGGAUAUGCGAGACCGUGCCCGCUCCGAUCUCUAUCUCGCGCAGCUCCGCAGCCAGUCCGCUCCCAACACCCCCGGUUUUGCUCCCAAGUCUCCUGCCCUGAGCCAAUACGCCAUGUCCCCCCGCCACCCUCCUGCCGCCUACCGAAACCUCACCGACAUUGAGGAAAGCCCCUUCACCCCUGGAACCCAGUUCGUCGAGCCUCCGUCCCAGUUCCGUAGCAAGGGCGACUUGGACUUCAAGCUCCAGGCCCCUCCCACCAAGGCUCCCAACGCCACCCCCAAGAUGGAGCAGUCCGGCUUCGCCUCCACCAGUGCCGCGCCCCCGCCUCCAGCCGCGUACUUUCAAGACCAGGCUCCUGCUGCCUCCAACGAGCCUACCUACGAUGCCGUUCCCAUUCCUGGUGCUUACACCGGCCAGGCCCUGCAGAGCCCGCCCCCCACUCAGACCACGUUCGGGCAGGCCCGUUAA